CUCCACCGGGGCCUCGUCAUGUCCCUGUCCGGCUCCGGGAGCCUCAUCUCCCGCAGGAACAUCAAGCUGGACUCGUUCCUGCAGCGGAGCAUGGAGGGCGCCGUGCACGAGCGUGUGCGCGCGUCCGAGCCGUGCGUGGUGGUGUCGGACGCCUUCAACAAGGUGUACAUGCACGCGGUGCUCAGCGACGAGCGCGUGUACCUCACCGAGCACAAGCCGCGCACGCUCACCGUGGCCGUCAGCUUCAGGCGCGUGCGCGGCAUCGAACUGGUCAAUGACCUCCCAGAAUUCCUCAGUGGGCGGGACCGCGAUCACUGCCAGCACAUUCGAAUCCUGUAUGUCACCGACGAGCCUGCUACCAGGACAUUUGAUUGGUUGAGGAGAGACAGGGGGGCGGGACUUCCUCUUGUAGCCCCCCCAUCUCGCAGAUCCAGUCACUGCCCGACGAUAACACACAACUUAGAAGGAGGAUAUCCUGCAGGGAGAGGAUUUGAACCCACGUUGCUGCGGAGGAGCUUCAGGUCAGCGGAGGAAGUCCGAUCUGCGUCCGAGUCCCUGUGUCCUGAGCCUCUUCAGGCGGUCAGGAUCCACAGGGACUGGAGCGAAGAAGAGGUCCGCAUGGUGAGGCCCGGCCGCUCCGCUUCCUGUCCGAACCCCGACACUCUGGGGCUCCUCCCGCACCCCCCCACCCAGCCCCGUCUCCACCCCCCCACCCAGCCCCGUCUCCACCCCCCCACCACCUCAGAGAGGAUGGGCUCGGUUCUGUCUCGUCUGCUGAGAAGAGACUGCGGGGGGGGCGGAGAGCAGAGGGAGGCGGAGCUGCAUCUUUACGCCGUCUCUCAGACGUCCCGACUUCACCUGCACCUGCAGAGUGCCUGGAGCAGCUUCAUCAUCAGGUCGACUCUGUUGUUGGACCCGCUCUACAGGAGAAAGUGCAGCUCGUCAUCUGACUCGACUCCUGGAAAACGACCUCCUAUCAUCAGCUGGGAGCGGACGGCUCACCUGUUUGCUCAGCUGACGUCUGAGCUGCUGCAGGACGGGAUCCAUGAGGAGAGUUUGUAUCUGCUGCUGCAGGAGCUGAACGUCGCCGCUCAGCGCAACGUGGCUCUGCGCCGACUCUUCUGGAGGUCCAGUGAGUUGUGUGUUUUCCUGGUUCAGACUCUGGAGGAGUCUCUUCACGGCCGUCAGAGCCUCAGUGGAGCCUACACAGCAGAUCAGCUCCUGCUGAGCACCGUGGUCGUGGAGACGCUCGCCGUCAUGUUCAGGGAGACGCAGGCAGAAGCAGCCAGACUCCACCUGCUCUCUGCCAGAAGAGGCGCCCUGACCUCCAGGAUCCUGCUCGCCCUGAUCUGUGAUCCCCUGACGCAGAGCAGAGGGUUUGUGAUGUACUCUGAGGUCUUACUAUCAGAGUACCUGGACGCCGCCUGCUCGCUGCUCUUUGAGCUGCUGCUGCUCGGCCACGAGAGCAGCGGGUGUUUCUCUGCAGACGACCUCCUCUCUGUUGAUUGGCUCCUGCGAGUCGUGCAGCCUCAUCCUCACCUGCUCUGCUUCAUCACCCACCAGGCCCAGCAGGUGGUGCUGGUUCUGUCCGACCUGCCGGAGUCGGACCUCGGUCCCCUCCAGGCCGUGCUGUUGUUCCAGCGCUGUCGCCUCCUACUGGCCUGUCUGCAGCACAGCAGCCUGCUGGCUCAGCAUCUUCGCUCUCACAUGAGAGAAGAGUUCAGGUACUUGGUGAAGACGCCGUGCGCCGCGGAGACACUGCCGCCUCAUUAUCCAAUCAGUGGACAGACGAAGCGAGAGGUGGAGCUCCUGCUGACGCUGCUCAGAUGAUCUCCACACAGAGA